AACUUGAACAGCUUGCCCCAUCUCCUUUCAGCCCAAUACUAUCAAGAACUUUUUAACUAACUACUUGGCUCAACCCGGCAUCACAAUGCCUUCAGUAAUUGUCUUCGGUGCCUCUGGCUUCGUGGGUGCUCCUUACACAAAAGCCCUCAAGCAAGCCCAUCCGGACUGGUCCAUCACAGCCUACGUUCGCAGUCCCCAACAAUCCGAGUCGCAACUCAGCGCAGACCGUGUCGUAGUCGGAGACUUCUCCGACUUUGAAAAAGUCAAGGCCGCCAGCACAGAGCACGACAUCGCCGUCAACGCCGGAAACUCCUUUACAGCUGAUCCAGUCGCUGCUAUAAUCGCCGGUCAAAAGUCCCGCGGUCCCAAGGGUAAGGUGAUCCAUAUCAGCGGUGGAGGGAACUUCAUCGACUUUGGCACCUCAGGGAACUUUAAUCCUGAGAGUAAGGUUUGGAACGAUGCGAAUGAGGAUGAUAUCAAGGCUAUUCAUAAGGAUAUGUUUAAUGGGCAGUCUGAUACACUUGUUCUUGAGGCUGGGAAUGGGGAUGAUGGGAUUGAUACCUACAUCGUCUGCCCAUCCGUUGUUUACGGUGGUGCGAGUAUUUCUUCCCCCAUUUUGGGCGUGGGGUAUAAGCUUAUUACUGGAAACGCCAAGCCUCUGGGGUACGUUCCCUACGUCGGUGAGGGAACAGCCGUCAUAAGCACAUGUCACAUUCUAGACCUAGUCGACUUCCUCGUCAAGAUUUCCGACGUUGCAGCUCAUGGCCCCGCCGAGGGUUCUCCAUACAGCCGUUUCUAUAUGUUGGAAACUAGUCGCGUCGCAUGGAAGGAUCUGGCUACUGAGCUUGCAAAGAUGAUGCAUGCGCGAGGUAUCUUCUCGAGCCCUGAACCAGAGAGUGUUGAGUUUGAACAGGCUGGUGAGGGAGAAGUUAAGUAUCUUGUGGGCUCGAACAUGCUUAUGAAGGGCGACCGUGCUGCUGCGAUGGGUUUCAGGGCGAAGCAUCCUAGUAUUCUGACACAGAUUCAUGAGGAUCUGAAGGAAUUGCCUAUCUAAGCCACCUGCUCUAGGUCGUCGGCUCGCGGCUACGGUUGUCACAUCGCAAUAGUUUUCCUGUUUUGAAUAGAUCGUUUUGCGUCACUGGACUGACAUUUGG